AUGCAAUGUUCUGGCGCGUGUCUUCCUUGUCCUUCCUUUUUUUUCCCGUCGCGUUCUGUGUCAAAAAGCGCGAAUACUAUACAUGGCGAGUUUUGGCGCCAGGUCAAGCUUCUAGAUCCUGACGCUCUCCGAAAAAAACGAUCUGGCCUGCCGAAAGUCGGAGGGAUGAUCGGUCGCAGUAUCCCUCUAAUACCAAUCACCCAUUGGAACGAUGAGAUAGAUCUUCGGAGAGCAAGGCACACAUACAAUCUAAGACACGAUUCUUUCGCGCCGAAAUAUCCGCUCCGAGUCGUACCUGAAGACCACGAACGUUUAGACGAUACCCCCGACAUCGCCCCCCUCUUUCCUGCACUGACAUGGAUGAUGAGCUUGGCUUAUGGAGGAGAAGAUGGAUCAGUAGCUUGGAUCAACUACCCUUCGGUACCGAGCCACAGACUGUUGAGCACGAGCCAGUCCCCGGAACUACACCCAAUCAUCGUCAACGAGCGAAAAAAUAUCAUCCCUUGA